UGGUGUGAUGUCAGUUUAAUGUUUCCUGAAUGGGGAAGAAAUGUGAGCUAAACAUCAAUGUUGGCGUUUUUCUGCUUACAGCCAUGGAGUGCAGAGACAAACCAGUUAUUCCCAUGAGGAAACUCGUACAAGCACGGUUACCUUUCAAGCGUUUGAAUCUUGUACCAAAGGAGAAGUGUGACGCAGGCAUGGAAGUUAAGAAAGCAAAGAGCUCGCAAGAUGUUCUUGGUCAAAAUAAAGAUUCCACUCUUGAUACAUCACAUGCGUCUUUGGACAAUAUGGAGAAUGAUUGUCAGUUGGAUUCUGAAAUGCAGUUCACUUCCAAACUUGUUAAUGGAAAGGGUCCGUUAGAUAACUUUUUACAGAAAAACAUAAAAAAUAACGUGAGAGAAACUGUACUCAUAUUUGACUUGACACAGGACUCUAACGACACUGAUGGCCUAGACCACAGUAAAUUAAAUCCAGAAGCAUUUUCAUCUAUAGAGACAACUAAUGGUACGAAAGAAGAUACAAGUCCAUUUAAGCCCAUUCAGAAUGCCCAAGUGGAUGUUCCAAUGGAUACCUGUCCGCCCUAUGAAGCUACUGCAGAUAAGGAUGAAGAUUCAAUAGAUACAACCAAACCCUGUUCUGAAUUAUCAAAUACGCAGUGUAAUAAUAUGGAGAAUAAGAGGGCCAAUCAGAGUGAACUCAAGAGUGUUAUAUUUGAGGGGAAAAUGCCUGUAGUAGUUCUGGAGGAUAUUAUGAUUGCAAGGUCUCCCCAGGCUGUGUCUUUGGAAGAAAGUAUGAACUCAGAAAAUGAGACAAUGGAAUCUUCUCCUGAAGGAGACUCUAUACUUACUAAUUCCUCAUUAAGCUCCCCCUCUUCUAUCAGCUCACCUGAGACACAGCCUGCCCCAGGGAACAGGAGUGAUAUUAGUCCAUUAGCUGCUUCAAUACCUGUCCAGAAGGUGUACCAGAAAUGCCUCUCAAGUUCUGUGAAGAAGGAGAAACUGAGAUUGCAAAGAGAUCAAGAACGUGCAGAUAAGCUGCAGAAAUUGCAAGCAGAAAAGGAGGAAAAAGGGAGGCUGAAAGAAGAGGCAAAAGCUGCAAAAGAGCGGGCUAAGGAAGAGGCAAAGAAGAAGAAAGAGGAAGAGCGAGAACUAAAAGAGAAAGAAAGGAGAGAGAAAAAGGAAAAAGAUGAAAAGGAAAAAGCUGAGAAGUUACGAGUGAAGGAGGAAAAACGAAAGGAGAGACAAGAAGCUUUAGAAGCAAAACUUGAAGAGAAAAGGAAGAAGGAGGAGGAGAAACGGUUAAAAGAAGAGGAGAAGCGCAUUAAUGCACAGAAGGCAGAAAUCACCAGGUUCUUUCAGAAACCAAAGACUCCACAAACCCCCAAGACUCUUGCUGGCUCCUGUGGGAAAUUUGCUCCCUUUGAAAUUAAAGAAAACAUGGUCCUGGCCCCGCUCUGUCGUGUUGCCUUUGAUCAGGACCUCUCAGAUCAGUUAGAUCAGCUCCUACAAGGACAGACUAGUGAUGUUUCUUUUUUGGAAGAACUGAAGUGCCGUAAGCAGCGUAAAUCUGGACCUACAGUUGUCUGUUACCACAGUGCCGACGUAGUCAACAGUGAUGUGGUGAUAGUGGAUAGCUGCAAAAUGGACAGUGUUCCUGAAAGGAAGAAAUUUGGCAGGAUGAAACUCCUACAGUUUUCGGAGAAUCACCGACCUGCAUAUUGGGGCACGUGGAAUAAGAAAACCGCUGUCAUCCGUCCCAGGAAUCCUUGGUCAAAGGACAGUAAACUGUUGGACUAUGAGAUAGAUAGUGAUGAAGAGUGGGAAGAGGAAGAACCAGGAGAGUCUCUCUCUCACAGCGAAGGGGAUGAUGAGGAGGAGGGAGGAGAAGAUGAAGAUGAUGAUGAUGGCUUUUUUGUACCCCAUGGGUAUCUAUCUGAGGAUGAGGGAGUGACAGAAGAGCAUGAUCCUGAGAAUCAGAAAGUUCGUCAGAAGCUGAAAGCAAAGGAAUGGGAUGAACUGAUAGCCAAGGGGAAGAGGUUCCAUGUCCUUCAGGCUGUGAAGAUUGGCUGCAUCUGGGAAACAGAAGAAAGCAACAGCAGUACAGAUGCAGACCUAAAAGUGCUUCAGCAGUUUGCAGUUUGUAUUCUGGACUCCUCUGUUGCAGAGGAAGAGCAGAUGCAGAAAACUAGCAAAAAAAGGACAAAAGACCAGCAAAUUCUGGGACAACUACUUCCACUGCUCCAUGGAAAUGUAAAUGGAAGUAAAGUGAUCAUCCAUGAAUUCCAGGAGUGUUGCCGCCAAGGACUGUUCAGUGAAACGGCCCUAGUCUCAGAUAUUAGUGAUGCUAAUCAUACGAGUCCCAAUACUUCCCGUCCACAGACUCCAGUCAAUGAGGACAGUGCUAUUCCUUCCAAAGCCAGACUAAAGCGAAUUAUUUCAGAGAACUCUGUGUAUGAGAAGAGACCUGAAUAUAGGAUGUGUUGGUAUGUCCACUCAGAGGUGCUGAAAAGCUUUGAUCAAGAGCACCUGCCUGUUCCUUGUCAGUGGAACUACAUCACACCUGUCCCUUCUGCAGCCAAGGAGGACAAUAGCACUGUACCAGGGGUGACAGUGAUACAAACCACCCCAGUUUCAGCAAAGAGGAAGUCAACAGGAAGCAUGUCUAUCACCAAGUUCAUGAAAAAACCUAGGGAUGCAGAACAGGCUGAAGCUGUGGAAAUGGAUGGUUUCCAGGCUGACACUGAAGAGGAGGAGGAAGAAGAUUGCAUAAUCGUGGACAUAAAACCAGGGAAAGAUUCUACACCCUUAAUUCCUGAAAUUGCUGCAGAAUCAGAUGGUGCAGUGGAGAUGGUCCCUGUGCAGAAGGCUGUUACAGUUGGUCCAUCUAACGCAGUUUGAUGCCCAAUACUUACUAACACCUCUGUAUGUAUGUAGAAUUUUUAGGAUUUUUUUAAAACUUGUGUAUCUUUGUACAAGAUACUUGAAAGUAUUCCCUAUUUCUUGUAAAGAAGAGAGCACUUUGGUCUGAAGCAGAACAGAUGGAAGCUUGAAAAUUUUAGUUUUAGUUUUUAGAUAAAAAUAUUGCAUAUUAAUCUGUCUUUAAUAAAGCAUUAUUGAAAUUGAUAUUUUGUAUGAAAGGUAUCUAACUUGUGCUCUCUAAGCAAAGUUAGCAAUGUGAUCUUGAGAAUGUAAGCUUACUGCAAUGCCCAUGAGCAAGUCCUCUGUUUAUAACCCUGUAUAGCAUGGCUCUUGGGGCAUAAAUGGUGACGUGUACAAUUAUAUUUGAAUUUAUGCUAUC